UCCCGUCGGAGUGCCCGGUUCCCCCCUGGCACCUGGAGUCCACUGCUGGAUGUUUCAUCCAUCUGUCCACCCUUUGCUGGUGCUCUGUUCAUAUUUCACUUCCCCAGCUUACAGCCCCAAUGUUAUUGGCGUCCUACCAGCGUGUGAAUACGGAAGGCACUGUGCCUGCAGGAACUUUUGUGUCCUCGUUUGUCACCGCCGCGUUGUCACUUCCCCACCAGCCUCCCUGCUUCCUGCACGGCUGCAGUGGUUCCAAUUGCCCUGAAGUCCUGAGCGCUCGCACUGCGAUGGGUCUUGUGGCCGGGAGCGAUUAUUUUUAGGGUGAACAUUUGAAUACAUUUACAUAAGUGAGACAGAUGGAGAUGGCAGGGUGGAGUGGACAGCACUCAUCUUUUUAAUGGGCCCGGCUUGGGGCUGGACAAAGGCCAGGGCGCUGUUUGUUGUCCCGUGUGACGUCUGGUCUAAACAAACAGAGCAGCAUUUGGCUUUUUGGCUUGUACACGGCGUGUGGACGUGCGUUGGACACCAUUGGACCCCGGUGGGAUGACAGAGCAGCUGGUGGGGGAGUUAGCCAUGGGGCUGUGUGCCGCAGGGAGAGUGCUGGUGGCCGUGUCACCUUGGGAUGGGACAGGCCCUGGCAUGGGCUGAUAAUGGGGAGGGCUGUGUGCCAUGGGGCUGGCACCGGGCGGGCCCCGCUGGCUGCUCCCCACUUGAAGGCGCUUGGCUAAAUGAGCUCUUUGAUGAAAAGAGUGGAGAGGGAAAGGAGCUUUUCUGAAGCAGUUCUUUGAUUGUCAGUGAAAUAAAGCGCACGGACAUCUCGUUCCUUCCACUCACCCGAGCCCUGUAAUCACAAAGAACUCGAAAUCCCGCUGUGACCCCGGGGUUGGAUUGCCAAACCUGCGCUCACAAACCCGGGGGGGGGGGAGGGGGUGGGAGCAGUGCCAGCUCUCCUGGGAGCAGGCAGCAGCACAGCACUGCGCAACAGCACUGCUGCAGCCGAGUCCUGCGAGCAGACACUGCCCCGGUGCCGGGGGAAGCAUUGUGUAACGUCAGACUGGGGGAGAAAGGUGUUGAACAGACCACACGUUGCUAUUAUUGACGUGUUCCCCUUCACGUUGUUUUAAUGUCUCAGCUUGUUUCGUCCUAAUGGAUGCCCGCUGGGUUGAACGCUCGCUGGCUGAAAGCUGAAGCGUGGUGACGUGGUGCUCAGCCCUUGCGCAGCAGGACAGGAUGCGGGUCACCAUGCGGCGGGUGCUGCUGGCGGUGGGCUCGGUGGCGGCCCUGAUGGUGACGCUGCACCUCGGCCAGCAGGUGCUGGAGUGCCAGGAAGUGCUGAGCAAGAGGAGGCACGGGCUGAUGAGACCCGAGAAUGAGGAGCUGGUCAUGGUGGACUCCAACCACGUCGAGUACCGUUACAGCAAGGAGAUGCCCCUCAUCUUCAUCGGAGGGGUCCCCCGCAGCGGCACCACGCUGAUGAGGGCCAUGCUGGAUGCCCACCCGGAGGUGCGCUGCGGGGAGGAGACCCGCAUCAUCCCCCGCGUGCUGGCCAUGCGGCAGGCCUGGUCCAAGUCGGGGCGAGAGAAGAUGCGUCUGGACGAGGCCGGGGUGACGGACCAGGUGUUGGACGCUGCCAUGCAGGCCUUUAUCCUGGAGGUGAUCGCCAAGCACGGCGAGCCGGCCAGGUAUCUGUGUAACAAGGACCCGUUCACCUUGAAGUCCUCUGUCUACCUGUCCAGGUUGUUUCCCAACUCCAAGUUCCUCCUGAUGGUUCGAGACGGCCGCGCCUCGGUCCACUCCAUGAUCACGCGGAAAGUGACAAUCGCAGGCUUCGACCUGAACAGCUACCGGGACUGCCUGACCAAGUGGAACAAAGCCAUUGAGGUGAUGUACUCCCAGUGCCUGGAGAUCGGGCGCUCUCGCUGCCUGCCCGUCUACUACGAGCAGCUGGUGCUGCACCCCGAGCAGUCCAUGCACGCCAUCAUGAAGUUCCUGGAUAUCUCGUGGAGCGACACCGUGCUGCACCACGAGGAGCUCAUAGGGAAGCCCGGCGGAGUGUCUCUUUCCAAGAUAGAAAGAUCAACGGACCAGGUUAUCAAACCGGUGAACAUGGAGGCGUUAUCUAAAUGGAUCGGACACAUUCCAGGGGAUGUACUCCAGGACAUGGCCCACAUAGCACCCAUGCUCGCCAAGCUUGGCUAUGACCCGUACGCCAACCCACCCAACUACGGUCACCCGGACCCUCUCGUUGUCAACAACACGCACAGGGUUUUAAAGGGGGAUUAUAAAACGCCAGCCAACUUGAAAGGCCAUCUGCAGGUGACUCAGAACACAUCAUCUUCUCACUAAUAAAAUUAAUGAUUUCCAGGCUGCUGCAAACGGCCCUGGGUGCCCCCGCAAAGAAGAGUUUGCAGUCGCACCGGUGGAAAUCUGUUAUCCAAGCAUAUUGCUUGCUAAUAUUGCCAAAAUGACUGCCAUGCGAGGAAUGUAUUUGCAUUUAUUUGCAAAGGCCAAACGUUGUUCACUUCGAUACCACUCUUCUCCCUUCGCUGGAUGCUCCGUGGUGAAAGAUCUGUGGAAAUGAAGAUUGACUGAACCUUCAAAGUGCAUUGGAAAGAGAUUUUCUAUUCAGUUCCUGGAGAACAUUUUAGAGCCGUAUUUCAGUGUCUCGUAAUGCUGUUCCUUAACGUGCAGAUCAGAAUUGGUGUCAUAACCGUGUAGAGCAUUUGUUGUACAGGUGACAAUCCGGGACCAUCUCCUCCUCCCCAUUCACUUGUCAUUGACAGAUUCUAUUUAAGAAUUAAUAUAUGAGGUCAUUCGUUUC